AUGGGGUUCCGCGACUCCGCGUCCCCGGCGCUGCGGGGCGGUUCAGUGCCGGGCCCUGCCCGCGGCUUCUUUAUUGGAACCUUUCCUUUCUGUUCCGCCCUCCCCGCUCGCUGCGGCAGAAACGAAACCGCCGGUCCCGCCCCGCGCUGCUGCGGGCGCCGGGCGGAGGCGCAGCCGGGGCGCGGGGGAUCCCCCCGCACACCCCACCCCGAGCACGCCCCGCGUCCCCCCCGGCCCCGCGGCCGCGUUCCGCGGCGGCCCCGGGGCUGGGCGGGGGAGCGUGGCCAGGAGGGCGCUGGAGGCUCCUCGGUCCCACCAGGGCGGCACCGAGCGGGGUCUCUGCUCUGCCCGCAGGUGCCCGAGCUGGAGAAAGCCACGGUCCGGAUCCGGCAGCCCGAGCGCGUGCGGGGGAUCCUCCGGACCCUCCGGGAGCAGGGGGUGGCCAAGCUGCAGGUCACUUCUGACUUUGACAUGACACUGAGCAGGUUUGGAUGCAACGGCAGGCGCUGCCCCACAUCUCACAAUAUCCUCGGUACCAGCCGUGUUGUCAGUGAGGAUGGCAGGAAGAAGCUGAAGGACCUGCUGCACUAUUACUAUCCCAUUGGAAUUGAUCCCAACCGGACUCUGGAAGAGAAAUGUCCCCUCAUGGUGGAGUGGGAUGGCUUCAAGGAAUUCUUUGAUCAGCUGCACAAGAACAAUGUCCCCCUGUUCAUCUUCUCUGCUGGCGUCGGUGACGUCCUGGAGGAGAUUAUCCGCCAGGCCAGCGUCUUCUACUCCAACGGCAACGUGGUGUCCAACUACAUGGACUUUGAUGAUGACGGAGUCCUCACGCACUUCAAGGCACCCCUCAUCCACACCUACCACAAGAACAACACCGUGCUGCGCACAGAUUACUUCCAGCAGCUGAGCACGAGGACGAACAUCAUCCUGCUCAGGGACUCCGUGGGUGACCUGACGAUGGCAGAUGGCAUUCCCAGCGUGGGGAAUAUCCUCAAGACUGGCUUUCUCAAUGACAAGGUGGAAGAGCGGAGGGGGAAGUACCUGGAAGCCUAUGACAUCGUGCUGGAGAGCGACGAGACGCUGGGCGUGGUCAAUGGGAUUCUCCGGUACAUCCUUACUGAGACAUGAGCUGGGAAGAGGCAUCCCAGCUCUGGCCCCGCAGCAGGCACUGGGCAGGGAAUGUCCUCCCUGGGACAGAGCUGGAGGGAAUCUGCUGGUACUGGCUGGGCUCCGUCCUGACCUCACUAAUGCCCUCAGCCCUGGAGAGGGAGAGAAGAGAUGGAGGAAUCUUCUCCAUUCCCUUUACCCCAACUCCCUGGUUCUGCUGCUUCCCUCUUGGACUGGCUUCAUCCAACUUGGACUUCAUCCCACUGGGAAUUCAUGCCCUCUACCUCCCAAGGCCACAACAAACCAUUCCAUGUUUCAGGAAGAGAUAUUCUGCACCUGCUUCAGCAGCUGAGUGUGGAAUGGAGAUGGUUUGCUGUGGGACAGACCCGGUUUAGAUGAAGUUUUAGAGUCACUGUGUUCUUCACUAAGAAAACAAAUCUCUCUCCUCCUGUUUUCCUGUUUCUGAGCCCUGGGGCCACCACUGGGCUGGUGUGGCCCUGCCAGGCAUCGCAUUGCCCAGCCCUACAUCCCUCAUGGAAACCUGCAGCUCCCUGGCCUUGGGUCCCACCUCGUCCCUCUUGCACCAAGACAAUUCUUACUGUGGACAAAAAGCUUUUCCAGCCGUCCCUGAAGGCCCCAGAACUCAACUGCUGCUGCUGCCCAAACCCAGAAUCCAUCUCUGACAGGACUUCUUCCAUCCUGCAUACGGCAAAUCCAUUGCCACAGCUCCUCCUUUUCUGCUUUCUAAAGCUGGAUAUGCUUUUAAUGAUUGAGAGGUUCUGGCACAACUGAGCAAGCAUGGAAAGACACACGUAAAGAGAAACACUACGGAAAGUCCUGGUACGAUAACUACAAUAAUUUUCUUAAUAGUGGAAGAGAGGCCUUUGAAGGGCAGCCAGUUGAAAAAAUCAUCAAAGGUCAGAGGAUCAGCUUGCUUGAUUUCAUGAACUAAGGACUUAAGCUGAUUAAUCUGGGAGUGGAUAGAUUGGGAGUGAUCAGAGAAGUUGAGGCAGCAGAGGCCUUCAAACUCCUGACACCCAUGGCCGUUUACUAGAAGGAGAAAAUCUAUUGCAGCACGAUUUUGUAACAAGGCCUUCUUAUUGGUUUGGGUAUCUUGUAAUAGAUCAUCAAGGGCAGCACUGGUGGCAUCAGCUUCUUUUGCAAGCCAACAUCCCAUUCUGGUAAGGAGCAUUAAGUCUCUUGUGGAGCUGACAACUGGAAGCAGACCACUUAGAAUGUUUGCGGUGUCGGACCAAAAAAGCAUGUUGGAAUUGCAUUCUGCUGUGAAUUCACUCAAGGACUGCAAUUUUGCUAAGGGAUGUUCUUCAACUGGAGGUGGGGGUGCUGCAGCCACAGGGACCUGCACUGCCUUAGGUGGAGAAGGUGGUUUUGGUUGUGAUGGAUAGAAGUUAAGAGGUGGGUGUAAACCUUGGAAUUGCCUGCGCACUCUAUGACGUGGGAAGGGUGAGGUUGUUUGGAGGUUAAGGUUUCUUUUUGCAUGAAUUUUGGGAGGACUUACAGGUAAAGAUUUCAUAAGGGUAGCUGGAUUGUACAGUGUUAAUUUUCCAAAUGUGCAGGGGCCUCCAGCAGCUAAUCUGGGAAUCAUAUUCCAGACUCUAAGUCCACAAAUUAAAAAGAUUCCUUUUGGAAGAAUAACUGAAUCAGGGGUAGCGUGUAUCUGGUAAGGAACCUCUUCCUUGCACCAAAAACUGAAGUUGGAAUAAGGUCCAUAAGAGGUGACAUUAAUGAAUUCAGGAGGGGCAACAUAUUUGUUGUGAAUGAAGUAAAAACAGAGAGGAGAUAUGAUACUCCCCAAGAUUUCUAAUUCCUCAGGUCUCUCCCACUGAUAGCUAAAUGUCUGUCUGUCAUGUGAAGUUUCUGCUGGUCUUGUGAGACAAUCUAAGAAUGGAUUUUUAAACUGAUCAUGGUCAUCACACCAGGGGAUAUAUUGAUUUCUAAAAUCACCCCAUUCUCUGGGUGUCCAGGGGAUUCCUACCAGACAGGUCUUAAAAGGGUGCAAGGGAUCUAAGGUAGAGAGACAGAUAGAGUCAGUAUUUAGUGAUUGUGCCAGGUUUAGCCAAACAUUUUGACCAGGGAGCAUUACCCAAUUUGGAAUUGUUGGAGGAGGUGUGGCAAGGGCUCCUGAUGUUAAGUCUUUCUGAUUUGCUGGUGUUAUGCUGCACACAAAAACCAGGAUUAUCCCGAAAGUGAUGCUGAUGGGGGAUCGCUUCCUGUAGUUGGUGCUGAAUCCGCUGGUGCUGGAUCUGCUGCUGGUUGAGCUGGGAGGGAAACUUCUUGGUGGAUCCUCACUAGUCUGGACGGUAUCCAUCUUGGACCUGCUCCUGUGGAGACACAAGCAUGUCCUCUCCCCCAAACAAUUAGAGGGACCGGACCAAGCCAUUCUCCUGUCAGGAUAUCCUUGUAUUUUACCUUAGCUUCCCCCGUUUUUAAUUUUCCAGCUCCAAAAUGAUGUCCAACAGGUGAAACAUCCUCAUGCAGCCUAUUUAAAAAAUUGAGGACAUACAAUGCCUUGUUUAAACGUUCUGAUGGAGAGAGACCUACAGUUGUUUUUUCUUGUUUUUUCAGCAUAUCUUUUAAAGAUUUGUGAGUUCUCUCUACUAUCGCUUGGCCCUGUGGAGAGUGAGGAAUGCCAGUGGUGUGAACUAUUCCCCACAUAUUGAAAAAUUCUUUAAGGGAAGCAGAAAUGUAUGCCGGGGCAUUAUCUCUUUUAAUUUGUUUUGGAAUGCCCGUUAUGGCAAAUGCUGAGAAAAAAUGUCUUUUAACAUCUUUAGCUUUUUCUCCUGUAUGUGCAGUGGCAACAAUGAGUCCUGAGCAAGUGUCCACUGAUACAUGUACAUAUUUCAAUCUGCCAAAUCGUGGCACAUGUGUCACAUCUGAUUGCCAGAGAUCUAAGGGGCUAAGGCCUCUUGGAUUAACUCCUUCAGAUCUCACUGGAGUUACCAACUGACAGUCUGGACAUGCAGACACAAUGGCUUUGGCUUGAGAGGUAGGUAACUGAAACAUUUUUUUCAAUGAUGUAGAAUUUUGGUGGAAAAAGUUAUGAGAAAUUUUUGCUUUUUCAAAAUUGUUAGGUGUAGGUACUGUGUUAACUGGGAAAGCUGAAUUUGCUGCUUUAUCUGCCACAGCGUUCCCUUCUGUAAGUGCCUGGGAGGCAUGUAUGUGAUCUAAUGUGAGUGAUAUAGAAAGGAUGUUUCCUCUGUUGGAUUAAUAGUAACAAUGUUUUAAACAGGGUAAACAACUUUUGAUUGUUCAAAUCUUUUAAAUAACUAUUUUCUAUGCGACUUACAACUCCUACAACAUAGGCAGAAUCUGAUACCAAAUUCAGAGGCUGUGGAAAAAGUUGGAACGCUCUUACCACGGCUGAGAGUUCAGCAAUCUGAGAUGAACCUUCAACUUGAUGAACAUCUGUUUUCCAUUCUCCUUUUUCAAACCAGGCUACCACUGCAUUACUAGACCUCCCUGAGCCGUCUGUGAAGGCUGUCACAGCUUUCUUCAAAGGGCUAGUAGAAAAGUUAUUUCUCAGUCUGGGUUGAGAGAUGGAAAGAAACUGCAGAAAAGGAAUUGCUGGUAGAUGGGUUAUCAGUUUGCCUGUAAAAUCUGACAUAACCAGUUGAAAAUCAAACAGAUGUAAAUCAUGAUAACACAGUUGAGAUUUGGACAGCGGAACAUAAAGAAAAUCUGUGUCCUUCCCUGACAGUUCUAACAUUCAGAGUUUGCCUUUGUGACAGACUUUUGCAAGCAUUUCAGGCACAGUAACAACUGUCUUUGAAAACUGGUGACUGAGAAAUACCCAUUCCCACAAAAGAAAUUUUUUGGGUUUUGAGUCUAAUUGUCCUAUUACAGCAAAAGGCCGUUUUGGUCCACGAAAGAUUAGCAAUGCAGUAGGUAAUCCUUCUACUCUCCUGUUUACCUGUUGUUCUGAAAUUUUUUGGUUGAUCACUUCAAUAAUAUUUUCUGCUUCUGGUGUCAAGCGACGAGGAGAAGUUAGUUCUGCUUCUCCCUUAAGGAGCUGAAACAAAGGAGCUAAAAAAUCUGUUGAGAAACCAAAAAAGGAUUGUAUCCAAUUGAGAUUUCCCAAAAGAGACUGCAGAUCGUUUAGUGGUUUUAUUUUGGUGGGCAAGGUUACUGCUUGAGGCCUAAAUGUUCUCUCUUCUAUUAUCAGACCAAGGUACUUCCACGGGGAAAUUCUUUGUUCUUUUUCUGGGGCUAUUUCUAACCCAUGAUUACUCAGGGUUUUUUUCACAGAUUUAUGUACCAAUGUCAAUUUGUCAGUAUUAGGGGCACUGAUCAAUAGGUCGUCCAUGUAAUGAAAUUGAUAGCUUCAGGAAACUGAGAUCGAAUUGGUUCAAUUAUAUUGGACACCACAGACUGACAGAUUGUGGGACUGCUUUUCAUCCCUUGUGGCAACGUGAGCCAACUGAGACGUUUGGAGGGUUCAGCUGCAUUAAGAGCUGGAACAGAAAAUGCAAAUUUGUGUGUAUCACUAGGAUGGAGGUAGAUAUUAAAAAAACAGUCCUUAAUGUCUAAAAUAACAAGUGGCCAGUCUGCUGGGAGCAUGGCAGGGGAGGGUAGCCCAGCUUGGAGGGCUCCCAUGGGCUCUAUGAUAUUAUUGGCUUCUCGUAAAUCAUGUAAUAACCUCCAUCUCCCAGAUGAUUUUUUGAUUGUGAAAAUUGGAAAAUUCCAUGGAGUGUUUGUGGGGACUAAUCUGCUUUUGUCCAAUUGUUCUUUUACCAAAUUAUGAAUUUGCUGCAAUUUCUCUCCUCUGAGGGGCCACUGGUUUAUCCACACUGGUGUGUUUGAUGUCCAUGUGAGAGGUGGUGCCUGCGGCUCUCCAGUGGCCCUCAUCACAAAUUUGGAAUGGAUAAGAUAAUUCCCCACUGUGUUAUUACAUCUCUGCCCCACAAGGUUAGUGGAAUGUCCAAUAUAAAAGGUUUAGAUGAAGCUACCUUACCCUGUGGGCCUUGGACCAGAAGUGGUAGAAUGCUCUGGAGAGGAAUUUUGGAUCCUCCUACUCCCUGGAUGUCGACAGCUGGUCUUGUUGUACCCCAGGUGCUGGGCCAAUCUUUGGCAGAGAUUAUGGAAAUGUCCGCGCCGUGUCCAGUAAGCCAGACACAGAUUUCUGUUGGCCUGAAUUAGGAGAGAGAAGAGUACAUUCUAUUAUAGGUCUGUCAAGAGGAACCUUUUGAGCCCAAUUUAUGCAAAUUCCCUGUUCAUCCUGGGUUUCUGCCUCUAUGGGUAUGACCUGUGCUAUUUGAUCCUCUGGAUUAAUCACUGUGGGUACAAAGUUAGGUUUAAUUACAACAGACACAACUUUAGGAACUUGGAGACUCAUAACCAUAGGUAACACAGUAAUGCCUAAUGCAGUUGCAGAAUCUGUUCCUGUGAUAACACAUUUCCCUUUAAAAUCUGAAACCUGAGAAGAAGCAGAAGCUAAUAACACAGUGUGAUACUCUGUUUUUUCUAAGGUUUGAGGUUUUGAAGUUGCUAGCUCCAAUUUAAAGGCACCUGUUUGGGGUUUUUGUUGGGAACUGUUUGAGAGGGGUAGAUUAGAUUGCUUAAAGGAGCUUUUUAUGUCCACGUGCCGCUCUAAGCGCUCACCAAGCCGUUUCCCGAAUUCUGUGUUCUGUGAGGAGGCCUGGGUGAGAGUGGGUUUCCAUCUCUGUCAAAUAGAGAUUGACAGUCUAGAGCCCAGUGUAGCCCUCUUUUACAUCUGGGGCAAAGGCCUGGACGAAUGGUUUUUUGAGAAUUGGGGUUUUGAAAUGGUGGGCAGUUAGCUUUUAUAUGACCUGGACAUUUACAAUUAUGGCAUAUUAUUUUGGAGUGGUCUAGGGCUGCUGCUAAGGCUUGGGUCAUUUUUUCUGCCAUCUGCUGAGUUGCUUCUGCAAUUUGGUUGCCUAAUUGUAUAUUAGCUUCAGCUAAUUGGUUAGACAUUGACACCUGAGCUUGGACCAGGCUAUUUGCUAAUUUGUCAUCAGGGCUAAUAUCUUUACAAGCCUUUACCACAUCCAUGGGGGUAGGGUCACGAAGGUUUCUGAGAAUCUGUUGACACUGUGCAUUUGAAUUGGAGAUAGCUAGCUUCAGGAAUAGGGCAUCUUGUGCUUCUUUCACCUUUAUUUGUUUUUCUAUAGAUUCUUUUAAUCCUUCUGCAAAGUCAAUAAAAGAUUCAUCAGGCUUUUGAGUUACAUUAUUGAAAGGUGGAGUUGUUUGAGAGGCAUCAACUACUGAUUGUAGUGCCUGUAAUGCCAUAUUUCUGGUAGCAAUUAAGUCUUGUUUUGGAAUUUUGGCCUGAUCUGUAUUUGCAGCAUAUGGACCCUCACCAAAAAGCAUUUGUAUUGUAGUUUCUAUAGGUCUACGUGUAGUGGUACUAGUUUCAUGAGCAUCCUUUCUAAUUAAAGCUUUCCAUUCAUCUAAAAACAGUUAUUUGUACCUUAUUUAGUAAGGAUCUCAUUAUAUCUUUUAAAUCAUUUGGAGUUAGUACAAAGGCUGAGAAUAAAGACGACAGAAUUCCCAUUGCAUAUGCUGAAUUUAAACCAUAAGUUGUUACUGCCUUUUUUGCAUCCUUGAGAAGGGGUAUGGCUAAGGGGUCCCAUACCGGGGGUGCACCUGGAGUAUAAAACACUGGAUAUGCCUGCAAUAAAUUUAAAUCAUUACCAUGACUAGGAACAUUAUUUAUAUCAUUACAAUUAUUGGUAUGGUUGGUUCCUGUGGAAGAAAGAAAAGGGUUAAAAGGAGAAACAGAAUUGUUAAAAUUAUUUGACAUAUUUGAAAAUGGAUUACUGGGAGAAAACUUGUUAAAUGUUGUUAAGGAUUGUGAAUGGUUUGUAGCUGGAAAACUGUUUGGUGAGCCUGGUGCUGCUGAGUCAGUCACAGCUAGGUAGGUCCAUGCUGUAAGAGGUGGGGGAAAUCCUGUCCGUUAGGCGAGUGAGUCUGUGAUGCUCGGUCGUGAAGGUGCUCUGAAGCUGUGGGUGUCCUUGCAUGUCGCGGCACGAUGUAGAAAGAAGCGGGGGGAGCUGGAGCUGCAGGGCAGAGGUUGUCCCGUCCCCGGCGCCGGGCAGGGAGGGGGUCCCGAUGACGUCAUCCUGUCCCGCUCGGCAUCCCUAGGGAACGCAGGAGCUCUCGCUGUCGGUCCGGGGUGGUUGGAAGCCGGGAAUUCCCCGUCUCCUUUGUUUGGCCAUGCGGGGAUGGCGGCCGGGGGCUGCGGCUGUGAAGCUGCCUGGGGAAGCUGCAGUUGGUGAUCUCCCGCUGAGAGUUGCCGGGCAGGAGGGGCUGGGGCUGAAGCCACACAAACGCCUGCUGGAUUUUUCUCGGCACAGCUCUGCCCCGAAGAAUGCCUGUGGCAGCUAUUCCGUGUCAGGGGCGGUGGAAUAAAGUUUUGUGUCACUGGGGGUGUGCUUGGAGCGCUGCUGCUAGUGGGUUGAAGAGAGUCUGGGCUCAGGAACGGCGAGAUGGGAUCGCCUGCUCU